GAGGAGCGGUUUGACCUUCCCAAGAUGGCGCGCGGAGGCAGUAAGAAGCUGCGGCGCUCGGCCGCGGCCCUGGAGGUUGGGCGGCGCCGACGGCUGGGCCAAGGACACAAGCAGCUGAAGAAAGAUCCCGGAGUCCCCAAUGUCGGGGUUUUUAAGGAUCAUGCCGGGCGAGAGGCUGAGAAACGGAGGCAGAGGAUGGAGGAGCAGGCAGAGAGACAGAAGGCAGCCCGGGAGAGGAGCCUGGUUCCGCACCGAAGCCUGCAGGGCUUCCAGCACGAUGCUCAGCAGCGACAGCGAGAGUUUGAACAGAUGGAGACGGACCUUUGGGAACUCCAGCAGAGCCUGACCCUGGAGACAGAGAGCUCACGGAAAGCCUACUACAGGGAAUUCAAGAAGGUGAUUGAAGCCUCAGACGUGGUGCUGGAAGUGUUGGACAGCAGGGACCCCCUGGGCUGCAGAUGCCCCCAGGUGGAACAGGCCGUCUUCCAGUCAGGAGCAAACAAGAGGCUGGUGCUGGUUCUGAACAAGAUCGACCUGGUGGCCAGGGAGGUGCUGGAGAAGUGGCUGAAAUAUCUACGCAAUGAGCUGCCCACUGUGGCCUUCAAAGCCUGCACUCAGGCCCAGAACCGAAACCUGCACCGUAGCAGGGUCCCAGUGGAGUGCGCGCCCUCGGAGCUCCUGCACAGCACUGCGUGUGUGGGAGCGGACAACCUGAUGAGGCUGUUGGGAAGUUACUGCCGUAGCCGUGAUGUCAGGACCACCAUCACUGUCGGGGUCGUCGGAUUACCGAACGUUGGGAAGAGUAGCCUGAUCAACAGCCUGAAGAGGGCACGGGCCUGCACUGUGGGAGCAACACCAGGAGUCACCAAGUGCCUGCAGGAGGUCCACCUUGAUAAACACAUAAAGCUGCUGGACUGUCCGGGGAUCGUCAUGGCGACCGCUCCCUCUGACGUUAGUGUGAUCCUGCGGAACUGUGUGAAGAUCGAACGACUGGCAGAUCCUGUGGGACCUGUCGCUGCCAUCCUGAAACGGUGUAACAGGGAACAGGUGAUGCAGCAUUAUAACAUCCCGGAAUUCCGAGACCCACAGGAAUUCCUCGCUCUCCUAGCCCGUCGGCUGGGGAAGCUGAGGAAGGGCGGCUUACCUGACCAUGAGAAAGCUGCCAAGCGUGUGCUGUCUGACUGGACAAGUGGGAGGAUCUCUUACUACACCGAGCCCCCAGAGACCCACUCACUGCCCACCCACCUCAGUGCGGAGAUUGUCUCUCAGCUCGGAGAGGCUUUCGAUAUCGAGGCACUCGACAGGGACAACCAGGAGGCACUCAGCAAGGUGGAUCUCCCGGAGGCGAAGAUGGCUGCCCUGAGCAGUGAGGUGAGGGAAAUGGAGGAGGAUGUGCCGACAGAGGAGAGCGGGAUACAGCCAUCGCACAGUGAGAGUGCACCACCGUCACCGGCAGUGACUGUGACCCUCGGAGGGACGAGGGAGAAGGGCAAAGCCAGUGGGCAGAGACCGCUGGCAGCCCCACCCCUGGCAGACCUUCAGCUGAUCGGGCAGAUUGACCCCCUGUGCCAGGGACAGGCACUGAGGGCAGCGGGCAAACGGAGGAGACGGCUCCAGAAACGGGCAGAUAAACUGGCGACAAAGCUCUCACACACACUCUCCGCCGCGAUGGACCUCUCACUGGACUGACAGCCCGGGACAUUGGGGACAGGAGCUGGAGAGGGUGGCGAGGCAGGGUGAGAAAGCGAGGGCAGCUCCAGACCCCUCUGUUUCCCCCCUCCCCGGCAUCAGCGCCCACCCCCCUCUCCACACCUUCAACCCCAGGGGUGUCCAUCUUACCGCAAAGCACAUUUGUUGUUGCGGGGGGUGGGGAGUUUGCCAGCGGUGCGGGGGGUUUGUGAAGGAGAGGUGUUCAUGUCUGUGGGGCAUCUCUGACUCCACAAAACCCCACCCCCCCUCGAGUACCCCUACAAUAAACGUUAUUUAUUUCCACAGUCUGUCUGGCGAAACCCAA